CAUUUUCGUGUCAGCUGUCAGAUUACAGCAGGCUCGCAGCAACUUUACUUUAAAUUCCAACCCUGGUCCAACCUACCAAUUUACAUACAUACUAAGGAUUUAAUCAGGAUAUUAAAUUCCCUAAUUAUUGCUAAUCCACGAUGGGGAUUUGCCUAUCUUGCUGCCCACCUAGUGAAUCAACCCAAAACCUUGUCACGCCAAGUGCCGAUGUAAGACGGCAGCAGGUGCUUGAGGCGGCGGAACGGAGGCGGCAGGAGCAAGAGGGUAGGGGCAUCAAAGACUUGGGUAAAGUCAAGAGGCAGCAGCAAAAGCAAGAAGAAAUUGAAAGGAGACAAGAGGAGGCAGCCAGGGCUGGAGGGGAACCUGGCUUAAAGUGGCAAAUGGACUAAGAGACUGUGUGUGUCCCACUUCAACAUAAAUUCAUUCUCAUUGGCUGGAGUUUCUGGAGUCGGAGGUCAGAACAAAGAUGCCACCUCGCCAGCACAAUUCAUCAGUUCCCCACCGCAAAUGAAGUCAAAAUUGAUUGGUGCAAAAGUGAGAGAGCUUUAAAAGUUAACAUAUUCUUGCAAUUUGUGUACGAAAAGAUAAUAUUUUUUGCUACUUUAUAAUACUUCUUAAUGCAUGUGCGUCUAUAGUGGGAAGUUGGUCUUUGUGAUUAAUAUAUUAACAAAAAUCUAUUUAGAACACCUAGCUGCUCUUAGUUCUAAUCAAACAUGUUUUUCCUCGAAUUUACCCAGGAUAGUUUUAAUUUAAUAUUAAGAGUGUAAAUGAAACUGAACCUGCAUAUUGGACCAAAUGAACUAACUUGAAACUUGGCCAAAAGUAAACUGUCAAAUUCUUUCUUUUUAUCCCAAAUCGUUCUCAUAUAUUUUUGAAAAAAGUAGAAGUCAGGAAAUUUGUCAAUAGUUGGGUGCUGUUGAUAGAAAAAUUUACAUUGUUAUGCCCUUUAUUCUUAUGAUAGUAUAUAGUAAUUUUUUAUUUAAUUAAAGCGGUACACUCUAAAAGAAAAUAAUUAUAAGCCCUUGUAAAAAGUGGUUGAUAGAUUUGAUCUCUAAGUUAUAUUUAUGAUAUUGUUAUAUGGUUAUAUGUUCUUGAAAUUUAUUAAUUAUUACUUCCUGUCUUGAAAAUGUUACUAACCAUAAAAACAAUGCUUCAAAAUAUAGAUAUAUUGUAACUAAUAUUGCUAUUACCUGAUCUAUAUUUGGAGAAAGAAACACAUAUGACGUAUGAAAAAAUUUGGUGCACUGAUAUUCUGACUGUUAUGGAAUCAAAUAAACCUUAAUUAGUAAAAAACGUGA